AUGGGCGCGAAAAACAUUACUGUGUGCAUUGUGGAGGAGCUGGUAUUUGCAGCCAUGGUGGCCGAAAAUCGCGGUGUGUACCCUGUGGAGGACCCCAAGUUUGCAGCCAUGGUCGUAGAAGAGCGGGGUGUAGACCAUGUGGGGGAUCCGAACUUUGCAGCCAUGGUGGUCGGAAAUCGCGGUGUAUACCCUGUAGAAGAUCCCAAGUUUGCAGCCAUCAUCGUCUGA